AUGGAGCCACAAAACCAAACAUCAGUAGCUUUAUUUGUUUUACUUGGUUUGACUGAUCAAUUGAACCUUCAAAUAAUUUUCUUUGGAAUGUUUUUACUUUUCUACAUGACAAACCUAAUAGGAAAUAGUUCUGUCAUGGUGAUAAGUAUUCUUGAUCCCAGCCUCCACACACCAAUGUAUUUCUUUUUGUGUAACCUGUCUUUUCUUGACAUUUUCUAUUCAUCUGUAACUGUACCCAAAAUGUUAGCUGAUUUUUUCUCAGCAAAGAAAACAAUCUCUUUUGGUAGCUGCAUCUCACAGAUCCAUUUUUUUCAUUUCCUUGGAAGCACAGAAGUUCUGCUGCUUACAGCAAUGGCGUAUGACCGAUAUGUCGCAAUUGGUCACCCACUGAGAUACACAAUCAUAAUGAACUCUAAGGCCUGCCUUAAUUUGGCACUGAGUUCCUGGAUGACUGGAUUUUUCCAUUCUUUGCUACAUACUGUAAUGACUGUAAAACUUCCAUUCUGUGGACCAAACAAGGUAAACCACUUCUUCUGUGACAUUAAACCAGUACUGAAGCUGGCUUGCUCAGACACUUCACUCAAUGUAAAGCUUCUCAAAAGGGUCACUGGAACACUGGCAACAACAUCUUUACUUUUAACUCUCCUAUCUUACCUCUUUAUAAGCAAAUUCAUUUUAAACAUACGCACUGUAGAAGGUAGAAAACGAGCCUUCUCCACCUGCACUGCUCAUCUGACUGUUGUUUUUCUUCUAUAUGGAACAGCUAUUUUUACCUAUGUGAGACCUUCAAGUGAGGAUUCAUUAGAUCAAGACAGAGCUGCUGCAGUUCUGUUCACUGUAGUAACUCCUGCCUUAAACCCGAUUAUUUAUACUUUACGUAAUAAGGACAUGAAAAGAUCUUUGAGACAAUUAAUAAAGAGAUGGUCACUCUGA